CUCCUCGUCCUCCUCCUCGUCCUUACUCACUCACUCACUCCCUCUCUCUCUCUCUCUCUCUCUCUCUCUGUGUCCCACAUAUUCAUCCUUGUCCUCUCCAUCUCUCUCUCCCCCAUCGCUCUCCAUCGCAAUCCCCACACUCACAAAGUCACCUCGGCAUCCAUUGUCAUCGAUCAGCCGAUCCGCUCAUUUAUCCCGCCCACCUCCCUCCCACUCAUCCAUAAUUAGCCCACAAGACAUUAUCUCCUCGCCCCGCUCCAACGUCCGACACGAAAGCUUUUGCCACCUCUCUGUCGUCAUCACCCUCCGCUGCGACCGCGUCGCUGCAUAUCCUCGGCACAUCUAGCCUGGCCACUGGACUCUCUCCUUGGCCAUAAUAGGCCUCCCACUCGCACCCCUAUCCCUCCUCCCCCCCUUCUCUCUUCCAGACACCUCAAGUCUCGCAGACCCAUUAUUCCAGCUUGACCAAUGCUAGUCCCACCCGGCGCGCAGCCCGCCCGUCCCUUCGGCGGCGCAGGCCCAUCCCCCACCCCAAGUCGCUCGGGAUCCCGCAACGACCUCUUCGCCGCAUACCUCCCAUCCUCCCCUACCCCACCUCCACCUCCAUUGCGCAGUAACGAUCUCUUCAGCACAAACUGGAGCCCAGCCCCGCCACCACCACCACCAUUACCCAGCAACGACCUCUUCAGCACUACUUGGAGCCCCUCCCUCCCCCCGCCGCCGCUGCCGCGUAACGACUACUCGUCAACAUGGAAUCCGAAGCCGACGCCUCACAGCCUCACCCCGCGCCGCUUGGCCAACCUCACGCUCGACUCGCCGUCACCUCCCCACAUCGCACACUCCCACACCUCCCCAUCUCAUCCAUCACACAUUGACGCCAACGCCACUUCUCACGCUCCCGGCCCUCUGCCUCCACCUCCAAUUGGCGCACCCCCCGUCUCACCACCCGGCAGCCCCGAAUACCCCAGUGGCGCGCUGCUCGCGCGCAGACUCGCAGCGGCCAAGAGCAAGGCCGCGAUGCGCGAACCUCUCGAGCUUGACACUACGCCCCCGCGUACCUCGAGCCUCACCGCUGCAUCCGUCGAGCUCUCACCCGCCGACUCGCCCCGCACACCGGCUGAGACCAAGUAUGCGCCUCUUGCGCACUUUGGAGAUCCCAUUACGAACCCCGCCUCCCGGCCGCCAUCGCCCCCAAGCCCGCCUCAGCCCGUGGCGGCUGCAUCCAAGACGAGCUCGUUUUUCGCCUCCUCCGGUGUGCCCAUACCGCCACCUGCGCUGGCCAACAUAUCCACUCCCCCGAGCCCCCUAGCGCUUAGCCGGGCUGCAAGUCUCCGCCGCCGCGGCGGCGCCACAUCGCCGAGCUCACCCUCUUUCGCCCCUGGUCACGCGCACACCAACUCGCACACGAGCGCCCCCUCCCAUUUGUCCGUAUCGCCGCCCAACCUCAGCCCGCUCCAUCAGAGUCCCUCACUCGCGCCGCAGUGGGUUCCGCCUUCGCCAACCGCCACGGACGACGUGCAGCUCCGCCUCUUCGCCGAGCCGGGCUACCUCCUCGGCGAGGGGCGGUACGCCACAGUCUACCUAGCGUCGUUCAAGAAGCGACCGAUGUCUCCCACGUCCCUCAGCCCCACGCGCGCCAACAACGGCGAGACUGGGUGGAAGCUCUGCGCCGCGAAGCGUCUGGCGCCCGACCGCGAGAGCCAGACUAUGGGCCUGCGUGAGGCCUUCUUCCUCAACCGCCUCGGGACGGGCAAGGGCCGCGGUCAGGUGUACGUCAUCAAGCUUAUCGCGGUCAAGGAUGACACGGCGUCGCUCGGCGCAGGCGACAACCCACACGUGCACGUCAUGAACGAAUCGCGUGCCCUCCAGCGCGAGAUGAAUGUCAUGAACACGGACUCGCCGCCGCGCCGGCUCAGAGCUUCGACAAUCUAUGCCGGCGGGCGCGGCGCCGAGGAGGUACCUCCACUCCCCGAUCCAUCGCGCCUCGUCCUGGUCGUGGAGCAUGCUCCGCUCGGCACGCUCGACCGCCUCUUACGCACGAGCCCCGGCCUCGUCGGGCCGCAGCUCUGGGGGCGCUGGGCGCGUGAGGCAGCCUCCGCCCUGGAGUGGGUGCACGGCAAGGGCGUAGUGCAUGCCGACGUCAAGCCGAGCAAUCUCCUGCUCACGACCGACCUCCACCUGCGUCUUUCGGACUUUGGUUCGUCGCUUCUCAUCCAUCCCGAACAUCCACCGACAGACGGUGUGGGCCUGGGCACGCUCCCCUUCUCGCCUCCCGAGCUCGUCGACCCCACCGCGCCCUUCUCCUUCCCCGUCGACAUCUUCGCCCUCGGCGCCACGCUAUACCAGUGCCUUACGGGUCGCGAGCCCUACCGCGGUGCCCGCCCUGUCGAGAUGAUGCACUACGUGCGCAACGGCGGGCUGUGGCAGUGGCUCGAGCGCGACCGCCUCGCGCGUGUCGGCACGCAAGGCUUUUUCUCCGCCACCGCCUCGCCCUACCCCUCCGCAUGGCGCGCUGACCCGCUGCCGGGCACCGGUGCCGGCGCGGGCGCAGAGGUACGCCGCGGCGGUUCGCUGCGCGUGCCGCACAGCCACACGCCAAGUCUGUCCGUCGACAUCCCGUCGACGCCAUUGAAGCGCGUGGGCUCGGCCGAGUCGAUCGUUGCCUCGACCGACGCAGGCCGGAGCGCAGAAGACUCGCCCGCGGGCGUACGCCUCUGGGCGGCAUGGCACCAUGGGCGGCACAACGGCGUGGACCGCCUGCUGAGCGAGCACCCGAGCCCACCGCGCUCGCCCGUCUCGCGCGCGUCCAGUAUCCGCUCCCCGCUGCGCCACGUGCAUGGCCCCGACACGAAUGCGCAGCCUGAAGCCGUGUCCCCGCCCCUCGCGGCGGCGGGAUAUGCCGACGGCGCGCCGGCCAUGUUCUUCCUCGGCGCAGGGACCGAGGGCGCCGCGCGCGUGCCGGAUGCGGUGCGUGAUGUGCUGCGCGCGAUGAUGGAGCCGGCGCCGGAGGGGCGGCCGGGCGCGACGGAGAUAUUGGGUGUGUGGGAUGAGGUGGGGGUUGGGGUUGGGGAGGACGAGGAGGCGGGGGAGGAGGGGACGGAGAGGGUGUAA